AUGAUUGGGCCAAACUUUAUAGGCAGCCCGGAUCAAAAUAGCACCGAGACGGGUGGAUACCGUACCAAUAUUCCUUGUUCAUUCAGAUUUUGUAGAUUUCACGCGUCAAACCUAGCAGCAAAGUUCUUCUCUCAGUCUCAGGUUAUCUACUGAUGGACACACAGGAAAUAGAGGAGAAACCAUCUGAAGCCAUUCCAGCAACUGCAUCUCAAAAGAAGCAAGAAACUCGUGAUGAAAUGCUAUCUAGGCACAGAAAGGAGAUAGCAGAACUGCAGAGCAAAGAAAUUGAACUGAAAAAGGCUGCAGCAAAAGGUAGCAAGGCUGAACAAAAGGCUAAGAAGAAGCAGGUUGAAGAACAGAUCUCUAAACUUUCUACUGAGCUCAAAGAGAAGCAUACUGAAGAACUUGCUUCAUUAGGCUAUAGCAGCAGCAGUAAUGGAAAUGAGAAAAGCAACCUUGACAAUUUGGUCAAGGCCAUAGCUGGUGUUUCUGUUACAAACCAACCAGAACAGUCCAAGGUCAGCAAGAGUGCAAAGAAAAAGGGAAAAAGAGCUCAGCAAGAGGCAGAAAGGGAGCGAAGAAUUCAAGAAGAGCAGAGCAACCUUGUAAGUGAUAGAAUGAUUGAAAAUGACAAAUUGAAACAAAAGCUAGAACCACUUGGAUUGACUGUUAAUGAAAUCAAGCCCGAUGGGCACUGCCUCUACAGAGCCAUUGAGAAUCAGCUAGCUGUCCUUUCUGGAGGUUCUUCUCCCUAUACAUACCAAGACCUUCGAAAAAUGGUGGCAGCUUAUAUGAGAGAACAUGCAUCAGAGUUCCUUCCCUUUUUCCAAUCAGAAAAUAUGAUGGAAGGAGAUUCUGAUAUUUCACUGGAAGAAAGAUUUGAGAAUUACUGUAAAGAAGUGGAGUGUACAUCAGCAUGGGGUGGGCAACUAGAGUUGGGGGCCUUAAUUCAUUGUCUCAGGAGACCUAUCAUGAUAUAUUCAGGUUCCUUCCCUGAUGUGGAGAUGGGGAAAGAGUACAAAUUUGAAUCAUCCAGUGGAAGCAUAUUGUUGUCAUACCAUAAACAUGCAUUUGGGCUUGGGGAGCACUAUAAUUCUGUCGUGCCAAACUUGAUCAGGUAGGCACCGCUAUAUCACCUGGGAAGAGUUACUUUUUGCAAUGCAGGUUUAUUUUUCUGUAUUGUUGCGAGGGAAUAGACAAUUUAUAGCCUUAAAUUAAAAAUUAAAGCUGCAUUUGCAUAGUAUUAACAUCUGCAGAAAAUUCAUGAUAGAGUUGCAGAUGGUGGAUUAGGACAAAACACAAUGGGUAUGUUCACCGAUAAGAACCAAAAUUUUAUGGUCUCAUGUAUAACCAUACAAUAAAGUAUGGAAUUAUAUAAAAUUAAUGUCGAGUAAUGAAAAUAUUGUAAUUUGACUA